AUGGCUAAGGAUCCCCACCGCCGCCUCUCCUCCUUCGAACCACCGCGCGCCUUUCCCCCUUUGAGGUUUUCUGUUCAUGGGCGGGGGAAGGCGAAGGUUGGGGAAGCGAGGAAGCCGGCGGAAAGCCUUGUGACUUGUGAGGCCGUCACGUCACACGAUCUCAGCCUCUCCAGUUUGUGUUUGCCGUUAUUGCUUGCUAUGUGGCGUACAAUCAGUCGGGCUGCACAAGAGGGGCUGAGGCCAGCAAUUCCCCCGACACCUUCACUUGGGUUUUGGUCUAAAUUUAGGGAAUUUCGAGAAACUGAAAGAGGGAUUACCGUUGAAUGUUUAGCUAAGAAUUUAGGGGCAGCGGUCGCCGUCUGGGGGUUGAUUAUGGUGACUAGUAAGUUCUCUCAUUGCUUACCCAAGUUAUGUAUGCUUAAUUCUUUUGAUACGUGUUGGAUACGGUUUGAAGUUGAACUAUAUGUCAGACUCGCAAAGCUUCUACACAACUGGCGGAGCUCAAUGCUGAAUGGAAGAGUGAAUGGGAUAGGGAUAUUUAUGGUCGAGUACCUACUCGUACCUCUGUCUUUCUGCGAACAAGGAAGCCACGAGAGACCUGGAUUCUGUGAGGCAGAUGAGGGAGGAAAUGGAGCAUUCCGUUAUGAGAAGUCACCAGUGAAAAUGCGAAGAGCAAUGGAAAUACUGGAGUCUGAAGCUGGUUCUAAUUAUUGUAGUACUUGGCAGAACAUAUGCUUUUGUGGACAUGGG